UCGUUUUGGUCACGUGGUGUAUACGUCAUCACUUCGCGCCCGUCUUUUAGAUUCAGCUGCAUACAAACACAGAUGAGCGGCGUGGAUAAAACUGCUCUAGACCUUGUGAAGGUCCAUGGAGGUGGAGGGUAUGACUCAGAUUUCAGUGAUGAUGAUGGUGGUGGUGGAGGGCAGUCCAAAUAUGGUGAGAAUAGGGAAGGUAAAGACGAGCUGUUACAGAAGCCAUUCCAGAAAGGAAAACACACCAAGGUGGCCCAUAAAAAUGUUGCUGCCCAUGAAUGGGACAGAGAGGAAGCCAGAAACCGACGGCAACACCUGAUAUCAAUGAACGCUUUUGAGCGUCAUAAGAAGUUUGUCAGCGAUUACAUUCUGUACUAUGGCGGAAAGAUUGAGGACUUCAGGAGAUCCAUGUCUAAAGAUAAGACAGAUCUGGAUGUGGUGAGAGAGAACCACCGUUUCCUGUGGAGAGAGGAGGAUGAGGAGGAUAUGACAUGGGAGAAAGAGCUCGCAAAGAAAUACUACGAUAAGCUCUUCAAGGAGUACUGUAUCGCUGACCUCAGCAGAUACAAAGAAAAUAAGUUUGGAUUUAGGUGGCGCGUUGAAAAUGAAGUAAUAUCUGGAAAAGGCCAGUUCCAUUGUGGAAACAAGCGCUGUGAGAAUAAGGAGGGUCUGAAGAGCUGGGAGGUGAAUUUUGCCUAUGUGGAGCAGGGGGAGAAGAGGAACGCCCUGGUGAAGCUGCGUCUGUGUCCAGAGUGUUCCUUCAAACUAAACUAUCAUCACAGGAGAAAGGAAGUAACGGUAAAGAAGAGACCGCAGUCGAAAGAGAAUCUGGACAAGUCAGUCUCAAAGAAAUCCAGAAAGCAGAAGCGCAAAGACAAACGCAAACACAAAAAAAGGCGCAAAGAAUACUCAUAUUCAAAUUCGGAAGAGUCCCAGGGUUCAGAUAAAGAUGCAGAGAGUGAAGAAGAAGAGGAAGAGGGUCCUUCAGAAUCAGACCUCUGGAGGGGUCCAGCGCCCACUGUGGAGGAGAAGUCACGGGAGGAAGAGUUUGAUGAGUAUUUUGAAGACAUGUUUCUCUGAGUCGAGGAAAGGAAGAUCCAAAAGAAUCUCAUGCCUACUGUUUUCUUUUUAUACCGGCUCUCAAGUCAAACUCACAUGGUCAUGGUAGACUGUCAAGCGUACCCGAUGGUGGCUGCCAGCCAAUCAAUGUGAAGAAUCAGUCAGAUGGGGUCAGAAAGCCUUUUGUUCACUCUGCUCUGUUAUUCAGCAUGUCUAAUAUGUGUAAGUUCCCCUGUGAUUGCAUUUAUGAUGCAUUUCUGUGUUUCCACGAAACAUAAAAUGACAGUUGGUGUGGUCUGGUGUUAUAAACAUUCAACAUGAAGCAUUUGGUUUUAUAUUGAAAGACCUACAGAUAGAGAAGUGGUUUGUCUUGGCUGUCAGCCAAUUACCUGAGCCUCUUUACCUGGGGAUGAUCCAGCUUUAUUAGGUAAUCCACUGCAUAAUAGAAAAAGUCAGGAGAGGUCCCUGACAUGCCCUCUACGCAACCCAACAAAACUGUGCGGUCACAGAGACCUCGAGCUAAUAGCGGAUAUGUUCAAAGACUACUUGAGAAUCCGGAAAAUUCAGAUAAUGUGUUUAUUUGUUCACGUGACAUAAUUUACAAUAUAUGUGCGGUAGUAUUCAGUAAAUAAGAUGAUUGGAUAUCAGUCCCAUGCACAUUCAAUCCAAAUGACACAGUAGAUAUUAUUAUACACAAGCAUAACAAAAUGCGCAAACCAUCAACCUGAGAUGAGAUUUACUCACUUUUGGCCUCUUCAGUCUGGGAUUUAGAGGGUUUGACAUUAUUUAGACUGCCAUGGCCCCUGUUAUUGGAUUAAAGGCCUUAACUGAUUUUUCUAACAAGCGGAUAUUGCAUAAGAUUUUAUUUUUUUCAAUGCAUUUACUACAGUUCUCCAUAGGUUAUUAUAUAUACACUUGUUUUUGUUGGUGCCUGUUAUUUUUCCUAAAGCAGAAUGACCUAUUUUUGAUAUCCGCGGUUCAUUCACUAGUUCAGAUGUUACCACUGUCAUCAAAUUCUCCAAAGAUCAGAAAAAGAGACUUUGACCUUACGAAUUGGGUUUGUGCUUUCUGCCAGAGGAGAUAUCUAGAGGCUUCAGUAGUCUGCUUUAAAUAAGCAUGGUAUUUAAAGAUUAAAACGGAGUGAAUCUCAGGAGCUGCUCUCCCAUCAAACUCGCUUCAAAUCUCCUUAUAGGUUUACAUGUUCAAGUACUGACCGUUCCCUCUUGCCUUGUAAUGGCAUAGUGUACUU